AUGGCAGGCGAGCCUUUACCCGACAAAUUCAAAGCGGCCGUCUACGACAAGCCCGGAGAGAUCUCCACCAAGGUGGUCGAGAAGGACAUGCCAGAACCUGCUGCUGGAGAUGUACUGAUUCGACUCACCCACUCGGGCGUAUGUCACAGUGACUUGGGCCUCAUGACGAACAAAUGGGCUCAUACGCCCGCUCCUACGGCCGAGGGCCAGGUUGGUGGUCAUGAAGGUGUCGGACACAUCGUCAAAAUGGGACCGGGAACAGAGAACUCUGGGGUGAAGGUGGGAGAUCGGGUUGGUAUCAAGUGGCUCGCGGCCAUCUGCGGGAGCUGUCCGGCCUGUCUGACUGGACACGAUGCCGUCUGCUUCAACCAGAAAAUCUCAGGGUUCUACUGGCCUGGCACUUUUCAACAAUAUGUUACCAGCCAGGCGACUUAUGUUACGCCGAUCCCCGAGUCGUUAGCAUCGGAUGUCGCUGCGCCAAUGUUGUGUGCCGGUGUGACAUGUUAUAGUGCCCUGCGCAAGUCGAAUGCGCGGAGCGGGGAGUGGGUUGUUCUAUUGGGCGCAGGUGGUGGCCUUGGACAUUUAGCAGCCCAAAUUGCAUCCCGUGGUAUUGGCCUCAGGGUGAUCGGCAUCGACGCAGGGAGCAAGAAGGACUUUGUCCUACAGUCCGGGGCAGAGCACUUCAUCGACUUCACCGCCACCAAGGAUGUAACCAAGGAGGUCCACGACAUCACAGGAGGGCUUGGAGCUCAUGCUGUCGUGGUUUUGACGGCCUCGAACGGUGCAUAUGCCAUGUCCCUUGAUCUUCUCCGCUUUGGCGGCACGCUCGUCUGCGUUGGCAUCCCAGAGGGCGACAUGGUGCCGAUAGCAAACGCUUUCCCCGGACUACUGAUCGCAAAGGCCCAGAAGAUCGUUGGUGUCGCGGUGGGGAACCGUCAGGAGGCGAUCGAGACGCUUGACCUUGCGGCUAGGGGCAUCAUCAAGACGCACUUCACCACUGAUAAGCUGGAGAACCUCACGCAAAUCUUCCAGGAUAUGCAUGAUGGGAAGCUCCAUGGACGUGUGGUCCUGGACCUGCAAUGA